AUGAGCCAGGAGCCUUCAAUAGGUCCUCAAUCGAGGAAGCGGACACGGCGGGCAUGUGACAAGUGCAGCAGUUCACGAGCGCGAUGCGAUGGCCAGUGUCCUUGCCGCCGUUGUCAAGAAUAUGGCCAUGCGUGUCAAUAUAAUCGAGAUUUGAGAAAGAGAGGUCGAAAACCUGGUUUUCGCCUGCCUGCCACAGCCUCAGGCGACCAAGUUGACGAUACAUAUGCGCCCAAUGGAGGAGGCAUUUCUACUCACACCGCAGCUGGAACGCAAUCUCCCCCAGACCAAUUGAAUGAGCUUGGCGAUGUUGUCGAUCAUGAAGAUGCCCUUCCGCAACAUGAUUCGCUUCGCUCAAAGAACUUCCCGGAGCAACCUGGAACGGAAAACAAUGUAUCAAUUGCUCCUGCUCCGGACUUCCAUGGGGCGUCUCCUAUUGCACCAUCUCGUGCAGCGGGACUUCUUGGGCCAAUAAUCCACAGCCCAACGCUUCCUCUUUCAACUGGGCUGUUCGAUUCUGGCCCAAGUCAAGACCUAUUCGGCCAAACACCACAAACCCCUGUAUCUGAGAGACGGCCAAGCACCUCUCAGGUUUCAGGAACUGAAGUGCGAGCUCAUCGCCCAUACAAGUGUCUGCAACCGCUUCUUCCUCUUCUCGAAGGCAUAAUUGAUGCCGACGAAGCGUGUGAGUUGCUCGAAUUCUAUUUUGCUCAGCCAGGAAGCUCUCUGUUCAAGUCUGCCUCACCAUACAUAUUGAGCCAUGUGUUUCGCAAACGCUCUUUGCUCCAUCCAACGAAGCCGCGCAGGACUACCCCUGCACUGACAUGCACAAUGCUCUGGGUGAGCGCCCAAACGGCAGAUAUACCGCACCUUCUCCUUCCAGGUCAGCGAAAUACAGUGUGCGAGGCACUGAGAAAGCUAUGUAUGCGGCUCGUCCAAGCAAGAGAUCUUGACUGCUGGGAGCGCCUUCCGGGAGGGAAGUUAGUGGAGAGAUAUCCCUCUGUCCUAGAGACCACACAAGGAGGGACCAGAAACUCGGCAAUCUUAGAGAACGAACCUCCGGAAAAUACGGUCGAUGACGUUCUGACUUUUAUCUUAAUUUGCAUUGUUAUCUCUGGAAGUGAUUUCAAAACAGAUUGCCAGGUCUGGUGGAAUAAGGCUGUGAGAUUGAUGUAUGGCAUGGGCUUAAAUCGACAAGACAUGACAUGCAGCAACCCCGGUGCAAGCUGUCUUACCACUUCGUGCAGAUGCAGACAGUCCGACACCUCGAACCAUUCGUUGGAGUCGCUAGAAGCUCAGGAAGAGAGUCGCCGAGUCUUCUGGCUUCUCUUCUGUCUCGAUCGUCACCUUGCUCUUUCGUAUAACUCGACGAUGUGUAUUGGAGAUGAUGAAUGCCAGGUUUACACCCCCUUACCAGAGGACGUGUGGAAUAAUCUGGAAAGUGCUCCCCUGGAGCUCCUAACCUUACGAGCCUACGGACCGCCAACCUUGGUCACUGGCACAGGUCUCUUCGACUGGUUCUUACCUCUGAUGACGAUCCUGGGUGAUGUGAUCCAUGUCCACCAUCGUAAGCUACAUCCACGAUUUGGGUCCCUUGCUGAUGAAGAUGCUGUAUCUCUUGUCGAAGCGUCUCUAGACAAUUGUGCACGAAGCAUCGGUGAAAUUGAAAACCGCUUUGAAACUGGUGGUCUCGACGGAACUAUACCUGCCAGCGAGUUCCUCUCCCCGAGUUCGGGGUACCAGGACACGCCAUUCAGCCAACCAUUUGAUGCAACGGCAUCUUACAGACCGCGAGGUCGCGCGCAGGCACAGCUGGUGACUGUAUAUGGCACAUUCAUCUUGCAUGUCCUCCAUGUGCUUCUCCACGGCAAAUGGGACGCUGUCUCCAUGCUUGAGAAUGACGAUGGCUGGAUAACGUCGGUGCAGUUCAUGAAAUGUGCAUCCCACGCCAUUUCUGCAUCCGAGGCCGUUUCCCAGAUCUUGCGUUGCGACCCAGAGUUAACAUUCAUGCCUUACUUGUUCGGGAUCUACCUCCUACACGGAAGUUUUAUACUCCUUCUCUUCGCAGAUCGCAUGCCGCAGCUGGGUCCCAAUAAGUCUGUCGAAACAGCUUGUGAGACAAUCAUUCGUGCGCAUGAAGUAUGCGUGGUGACGUUGAGCACAGAAUUCCAGAAACGCUUCCGCAAGGUUCUUCGCUCAACGCUAUAUAGCGUAAGGAGUGCUGGAGCCACAAAUGCGGAAGAGAGCAAAGCUCGCCGCAGAGCCCUUUCUUUGUACCGCUGGAGUAAAGGCUCCAGGGGGCUAGCCUUGUAA